CUCCCAAGAAGGUCCGUGGCCAUUUGGGCUGAAGCCCUGCAUGUUGCCCAGCGCACUCGCUGAAGGUUGUGCCAACCCCCCCUCAGUUCGGCGGCCCGCCAUGCCGGCGCCGCUCGUCACUCCGACUCCGAGGCCCGUGCCCUUGCAGGGAGGCGCAGCUGGGAGGCACUCCAGCUUCCUGGUGCCCGUACUUCGGGAUCCGAUCCCAUUCCAGCCCCACAGCGAGAUGGAGCCGGGAGAUGCGCUCAUCCAGCACAAGCGCAGCCUCCACUGGGUGCGAGAGGGGUCCGACAGCACCCGGCCGAGGCGGCAGCGGCAGUUCGAGGAGGAGGAGGAGGAGGAGCCCAGCAGCGAGUCGUUCCAGAGUAUGGUUGCAGAGGCCAGGGCUCGGUCGCAGCGCAUCCACACUGACAGCAUGGACACGGAUGGGACGAACAAGUUUGUUGAAUGGAAAGUGGCCCAGCCCUUCGUGCGCGACCUGUGCCUCGAUUCUGGCAUGUUCGGUUUCGAGAAGGGCGAUAAGGCGGCUCUCACGGCGGAGGCCUUGUCGGCUGUUUUGGAGCUCGAAGGGCGGGCAUACGAUCACUGCAUCAUUCUAGGCAAAGCUUGGGCGAAGGACUCCUUGGAGGUCAAAUUCCAUGCGGACGGCCAGAUCGUAGACGUCAGUGCAGAGCACCUCCGCAAGAUCAACAGGACGGAGGCAAUGGCGCUGGAGCAUCGGUCGAAAUUAAACAGGGCUGGACAAAUGGUUUUAUCGCGGAGUGCCUCCCUCACAAACAUUCCUCCAGCAAGCGGGAUCUCACGCUAUGGGCAUAGCGUUGAAUGCGGCUUUUCCGCGGCCUCCAGGCGGAUCUCACGAGGCUCCCAGGCGGCUCUCCUUCUCACUGAGCUCCCCGUCUGAUUGUUUUCAGUGUACUGCAUAACUCUCAGACUCUAAAUGCACCAUCGGACUUUCAAUUUCUGUUUUUUUGCUGAGGAUCCCUUUGGCAGCGGUGCAGCUGCAGUCUGGUCUGGGGAGCCCACGGUGUUGUGCCAUGUAGCUUACUUUUGUGGUGAAGGCCACCUUGAGGCAUCUGCAGCGCAGUGCCAAUUGCCACUCUGCAUCGCUCGGACGUGUGACUUUUGGCCUCGGCGGGGACGAUCGAGGAGCAUCCUGGAUCACCCGGCACGGUGCACGCACGAACCGACAGAAGCUUGUUCGCCCCCUAUUGAAGAUGGGCGGGAGGUGCAGGAGAGGCCGCUGAGUUUUCACGAGCCGCUCGGAGCGCGGAGCGCCCCGACGGCUCGCGCGUUGCCACGCCCGGCCCGCCCCGCCCGGCGCCCCGGGCCUCGGACGGGGAUGGCUGCGCGCACGCGUGGCUGUUUUUUUUGCGGCGAGGGAGGAGCACGUGGCCCCAGGGUGCCCCUGCAUCCCGCUCCACGAGGCGGGCGCCGUCACAGUUUGGCACGUGGGCACUCCCCCCUCGCGGGUGCCCCGCUCCCCGGAGCUCGUCGCCGCCGUCGAGCGGGAGCCUGUGGGAAGGCUCCUGGCACGGCAUGGCAGGAGGG